CCUCGUUUUGCUGCUUUUGCUGCUUACCAUCAGCCAGCCUGAGUUGAGAUUGAGAUUCCAAGUCCAACUAGCCACCUCUCCAACUAACUUGGCGUUUGGUUUUUCACGUGGAUGUCGGAUCGGUCGGUUGUUUUCGUUAACACGCUUUUAAAGUUAUACGGCUCUAUCCGUUCCAAAGCUAACAAGGUUAUCACAUUAUCGGAAGACGAUGGCAGCAGACACGAUUAAUGUUGGUGAUUAUUUGGUGAUAAAACGUCAAAAGUAUACAAAACUUCAGAAGUUUUCAAAUUUGGAAACUAUUGUGCAUCUAGGGAAAGAUCAGAUCGAACUUCGCGGUGCCGAGAACCAUCUUUACCAUUCAACGUUUCAGCUGAUCCCGAAGGAGGGGCGAAAUAAACGCUACUAUACGUUGGAGCCGGUUGCAACGGCUUCAGAGAUACGAAACUUGAAACAGUUACUCAUAAAGGAAAGUGGGACGGAUAAUCGAAAUAUUGUGGAUGAUCGUAGUACGCAGAAUUUGACAACGGAGGAGAUCUUGAAGCUGAGAGAGGAAUGUGAAUCGUCUUCGGAAGUCAUCGGAAAAUUGGUGGAAAAUUCGAAAAGUUUUGCAGCAAAGACGGAAUACUCGCAAGAGAAAUAUUUGAAACGAAAAGAGAAAAAAUACUUCGAGUAUGUUCAAAUCAAACGCCCCACUAUUAGGUUGAUAUCGGAUAUUUACUGGCGUUUAGAUGCAGAUAAAAUACUAGGUGUUAGAUUUGACACAUUGUCGCAGAUCAUUUCGUACAGCGGAGUUUGCGGAGUAGGAAACUUUUUGUUGUACGAGUCUGGCACCAACGGUUUGUUACCCGCGGCAUUUUUAAAUUCGAUUGGAGCGAACACUGAAGCGAAGCUCGUUCAUUUGCAUCCGGGAAAUGUAGCUCAAAAGCAAGCAGUAUUGGCAAUGGGAUUUCCUCUGGAGCAGUUAAAUCGAUGCAUUUCGGCUAAUAUUUACUCUAUUCUUAGACACUAUUACCAGGAAGAAAAUAAGGAUGGCGUGCAAUUAGUUUCCACGGAGGAGUCGGAAAUGCAGUCAGUAGAAAAUGGUAGUAAAGAUAAUUCAUUGGCUGAGCUGGGCGAAAAGCGAAAAAAAGAUUCCGUUGAAAAAGUUGGACCAGAAGCAAAACAAUUGAAAUUAGCUGAAGUCACGAAACAGCAGUGGGAAUUAGAUAACGCUGCAGGUUGUGAGUUGAUGAAAGAAAAAUUUGACGCAUUGGUUAUUAUUGCCAAGGAACAUCCAUACAAUAUUAUCAAAUCACUCUUGCCGUUCGUAAAACCCAGUCGGCCACUGGUAGUGUUUUGUUCGUUGAAGGAAAUUCUUCUCGAAUGUUAUACGGAAUUGAAGACUAGUGGUAACGCAACCUACCUAAGAAUUACGUCAAACUGGAUGAGACCUUAUCAAAUUUUACCUAAUCGUACUCAUCCUGAUGUUACGAUGUCUGCCAACAGUGGAUACCUACUUACUGGAUACACUAUUCGGUAGUUUAUAGAUAGGACAUUUUCACCUGAUAGGUGAACUAAAUAAUUAAAUUAAUAA